AUGGCCCGAAUUGCCCUUAGAAGAGGUAUGUUGCCACAAGUUGGAGUACGUAGCGGAGGGCUAGGAAGGAGAGAACCCAGGGAGACUGGCGAAAAUGAACCUGCACGUCCGUCCGAACUAGAGACGGCGGGCGGAGAACUGGCUCCGAGAGAAAGGCGAGAGCCGGCUCGAAGAAGAGAAAAGCUGUUGAUAUUCUCGACAGAGGGUCAAGUGCCCGACGCUGGAGCCUCAGAGAUGAACAGCAAUGGUGAUGCGGGUGGUGGUGACGGGAGAAAUAGAUGGUGGUGGAUGGUGUUGGCGGUGGUGGUAGUUCGGUCUGUCUGGGUUGGUUGGUGUGGUUGUUCGCAGGAUGGGAUGAGGAAGCGAGCACAAAGACGGCGACGUGAUAGGAUACCAGUCGUACGGCCUGUACGCAAAAGGGGCAGCCAGGCGGAGCCGCUAGUAUUUGGCGUCGGGUUAGCGGGGGGCGCGGACUGCGCGGCGGAGCCCGGCAGAUGUCACUCUGCACCUAACUUCCGCAGCGAAGGUACAGUACAUGAACCUCUACUUUCCUCUUCCUUAGCAGCCCUGCCUGGCGCCGAUACCUCCAUAAUUACCGAGUUCCGUGGUCUCCAUCGCAUUUGCCCUCCACCAAUCCCGGAUAUGACAGGCCUGAACUACGGACACACAAUUGCGACAAGGACUUAUUAA